AUCCAUAUUAUUUUCCCAACUUGCCAACAAGUUUUACACAGUUACAAAUUAAUCAAACACAAAUAUUUAACAUUUAACUAACAAAGAUUGAGAUAUAUAUAAUAUAAGCUUUGCUUACCAGUCACACCCUUCAUCUCUCCAGAGAGCUCCAUUCUCAUUAAGAUUAACAUCCGAAAAUGGAGAUCACAAACGUUACCGAGUAUGAAGCAAUCGCAAAGCAGAAGUUGCCUAAGAUGGUAUACGACUACUAUGCUUCUGGUGCAGAGGACCAAUGGACUCUUCAAGAGAACAGAAACGCUUUCGCAAGGAUCCUCUUUCGUCCUCGGAUUCUGAUUGAUGUGAACAAAAUUGAUAUGACAACAACCGUCUUGGGAUUCAAAAUCUCGAUGCCGAUCAUGGUUGCUCCUACUGCCAUGCAAAAGAUGGCUCAUCCAGAAGGGGAGUAUGCUACGGCUAGAGCUGCUUCUGCAGCUGGAACCAUCAUGACGCUUUCUUCAUGGGCUACUUCCAGUGUUGAAGAAGUUGCUUCCACAGGACCAGGGAUCCGAUUCUUCCAGCUCUAUGUAUACAAGAAUAGGAAGGUGGUUGAGCAGCUCGUGAGAAGAGCCGAGAAGGCUGGAUUCAAAGCCAUUGCUCUCACCGUAGACACCCCAAGGCUAGGCCGGAGAGAGUCUGAUAUCAAGAACAGAUUCACUUUGCCUUCAAACCUGACACUGAAGAACUUUGAAGGUCUUGACCUCGGAAAGAUGGAUGAGGCCAAUGACUCUGGUUUGGCUUCAUAUGUUGCUGGUCAAAUUGACCGUACCUUGAGCUGGAAGGACGUCCAGUGGCUCCAGACAAUCACCAGCAUGCCCAUUCUUGUCAAGGGUGUUCUUACAGGGGAGGAUGCAAGGAUAGCGAUUCAAGCUGGAGCAGCAGGGAUCAUUGUGUCAAACCAUGGAGCUCGCCAGCUCGACUAUGUGCCAGCAACAAUCUCAGCUCUGGAAGAGGUUGUCAAGGCGACACAGGGAAGAGUUCCUGUCUUCUUGGAUGGUGGUGUUCGACGUGGAACUGAUGUCUUCAAGGCACUUGCACUUGGAGCCUCAGGGAUAUUUAUUGGGAGACCAGUGGUAUUCUCACUGGCUGCUGAAGGAGAAGCUGGAGUGAGAAAGGUGCUUCAAAUGCUACGCGAUGAGUUCGAGCUAACCAUGGCACUAAGUGGGUGCCGGUCUCUCAGUGAAAUUACGCGCAACCACAUUGUCACCGAAUGGGACACGCCGCGCCAUUUGCCCAGGUUGUAGAGGAAAGAAAAGAAACAACCACCAGAGAACAGCAACAAGACAGGGCAUGUAAUGGCUACACUUUAUUCUUAUCAUUGCUCACUUCAUACUUGGCUUAAACUCUGCUUUUUUUCCUUUUUUAUCUCAAAACUUGUUUCUCUCGCUAUAUCGAAAAUCACAAAACAUGACUACAGAUUCUCUCUGUAAUGCUAUUUGGCUACUUCUACCUUCAGUACAAUCUUCUUACUUA